UAUCUAUACGUCUUGUAAUCACAUCGAUCUUGACAAGUUUAAUUGGUUUCUUAUUGUCAGCCUACCUCUACAAUUGCUACCAGAUAAAAUCCAGCAAUGACUCAAAAUCUCAAGAUGAUGGAACCAUAUCUUUUUUUUGCCCUGCAGGAGAGUACAAUGACAUGGCUUCGAUCUUUUUUCUGGACCAAAAAAAUGCAUUUCGUCAGGUUUUAUGGAACAGCGAUAGCUUUGGAAAUAGAACGUUGUUUUUGUUCUCUUUGGUCUAUUUUUUGCUGAACACGUGGGCAGUCGGCCUGUCGGUUCCUCAUGGAUUGCUCAUGCCGACUAUAUUGAAUGGAGCAGUGAUCGGGAGGUUAGUAGGUAAUUUAAUUGGGAACUGGUUCCCCUCGAAGUGCGUGCAGCCGGAGAUGUUUGCGUUGAUAGGCGCAGCGUCGUUGUUGGGUGGGAAGUCUCGAAUGACCAUUUCCUUGACAGCCGUGUUGAUUGAGUCGACAAACAACAUAGUGUACGCGAUGCCGCUGAUGUUUACGUUGAUGGUGUCGAAGUGGGUUGGAGAUUGGUUUGGUCCAGGUAUCUAUGAUUCUUAUAUCGAAAUCAAGGGCUAUCCAUUCUUGGAUUGGGAGCCGCAUCCUGCCUUGUAUAAAUUCAAGGCGAAGCAAGUAAUGGGUCACCCGGUGCAGACUUUUUCCUCCCGCCCGUUGGUGAAGACAGUUGUCGAUACGUUGAGGAAGACGACGCACAAUGGCUUCCCCAUUGUGACAAAGAGCGGUGUUCUUCAGGGUCUUAUUCUGAGAACUCAGCUCUUGACUUUACUGAAAGAGAAGGCGUUUUACAGCAGCGUGUUGGUUCGAAACUACUAUCCAUCUGUCACCCUGGAAUCAUUUAUCAAGGAUUAUCCGAGAUACGAUAGCAUAGAAAACAUUAUCUUAACACAACAAGAGGAGAACAUGCGCAUGAAUUUGGUUCCUUAUAUGGCAUCUAAUUUAUUUGUCAUGCACCAGGAUGCGUCCAUGAAGCGAUUAUUUGUGGCAUUCAGGUCGCUGGGGUUGAGGCAUUUAAUUAUUGUCGACAAGCACAAUGUGGUAGUUGGGAUUAUAACUAGAAAGGACCUUUUCCUUCAGAGGCUAUUAGAGAAAGUUCGAGAAGCGGACGUUUGAUCCUUUGGAAGUUUCUAUCAUUGAAGGGAUGCUACGAGAGCGGGGUGAGGAGGAAGGGGGUUGUUUGAGUUGCGUCACCUUAAACAGAUGGUGUCUACGUGUCGCGCAAUAGACAGAUAUGUGCGCAGAAUAUUUUUGUAUGAGUAACAAUUUUACAAAAGGAGAAAUCCCGGUUGUUUAUCGA